AUGUUAAUCACAAUUUUAUUGCUAGGUUAUUGUUUCAUAUCAAUAUCAAAAACACAAAAAAUUUCUCAAUGUAAUUUCGAAAAACUAUGUGAAGAUUUUCUAUUUGAUUCUUAUUGGAUUGUCGAGAAUGUUUCAUCACAUAUUGAUCAUACAUAUGGAAAUCUUUCUGGUCAUUAUAUAACUUAUACAAAUUCUUCAAUCUCACAACCUUUAACUGUAUUUCGUACAAAAGAUUGGAUAAAUACACCUUUAAAUUUAAUAGCAUGUUUGUCAUCAUGGGUCUAUUUAGUACGUGGCAGAAUUUAUUUCAAUUUAGAACUUGCACAAGGUGACGAUUUACAAGCUCGACUUCCAAUAGGAAUUAUUGGAAUACGUGUAAAUGAUCCAGAAUGGGAUGGUAUUACGAUAGAAAUGUUUUAUGCUACUCUUUUCAUUCCUUUUGUGUCAUUUACAAAUAUUACGGGUUCAUUAGAUAUUGACGAUUUAUCAGUUUCAUUAUGUCCCAGCUCAAAACCAAUACCUUCAAUCAAAAUGAUUUUCGACUGUGAUUUUGAUAAAACUGUUUGUUCUGAGUUGGUUUCAUUUUCUCAUUAUUCGUAUAGUUGGCCAGUGGUUCAAGCAGAAGAAACAGAAAAUUAUACGAUGCAAGCUCCAGAAGUUGACUAUUCCGUUGGAAAUAAAACAGGUCAUUAUAUGUGGCUUAAUAAUUCAGAUUCAUUACAACCAGGUGGUGCUGGAUAUUUAAGCACAUAUUUCUUUCGUUUCACAUCGUCUGAUCCUAUAUAUUGUCUCAGUUUUCAAUAUUAUAGAUUUGGACUUAUUUUCCAAAUUAGUAAACUUACAUUAGCAUUAAAUGAAAAAGAUCAAAAGUCUGUUGCCCAAAUUUGGCCUAUUAAUCCAAUCAAUUAUACUUAUAUAAAUCAACGAUGGUCUUGGGCAUAUGCUCCAUUACCUAUAGGCAAUUAUUCUCUUCUAUUUCGUAUGGAUUCUGAUUAUGAAGUGAAUAGUUCAUUUGCAAUUAAUUCAAUUUCUAUUAAGUCAUGUGAAUAUCCUCAAAAAUAUUUUUAUAGUACUUCAAAUAUUGAAUUUACCUGUGAUUUCGAUAAUCCUAUGGAUUCAACAUGUGGUAUACAAAAUGAUUAUACAGAUCUUCAUCCAUAA